AGCGGGUGACAGCUGGGAUCGCUGUGCACUAGUAAGAAGGCUUCAUCUCCAAAUAGGAUGACCAGCAGCUUUUGUUAGGGGACUGAGUUCGGUUGCCACGAAUGGUUCGGAACGCUCCAUUGUUAAUUCUUGAACGCCAGGUUGGUCCUGCUCAGUUUUCUCAAAUGAGUUUUUAAAACCGCUGGGUUUCAAGAGGAUUUCCGAUGGAUAUUCCGAUUUGAAGAGGUGCGUAGCCUACAAGAGCGGCAUGUAACAAAAAAAGCCCAAGAGGUUUAGAAAAGUAGCGUUCGUAUAGUUUUUUUUCUCUCGAAAUGAGCACUGUCUGAACUGCUUUUUGAGCAUUCGUUUUAAUGGAUUAAAGGACGACCAAUACAUUUACACCAAGUCAUAUCCAUUCAUGAGCUGAAGAGUGGUGCACACAGGCCUGGAGUGUGGUAUAGUUUGGGAUGAUGUUACUGGCGUGAGUUAGUACCAGCGACAGUUCCACCGUGGGAAGCCAGCUCUGGUGGGGAGACCUCAUGUCCAGAUUUGGCCUACAUUCCAGACACUCAGUGGUCAGUCUGAAUUCUGUGGCCUGAGGUGAAAGAACCAGGGGAAGGAAUCGAGGCUAAAGUUAAGAACUUAUCGAGGAAGGAACCAGCAGUGCUACAAUGAGGUCUGAGGCCUUGUUGCUGUAUUUCACACUACUGAAGAUUGCCAGGGCUGGCUUCCCGGAAGACUCUGAGCCAAUCAGUAUUUCACAUGGCAACUAUACAAAGCAGUAUCCGGCUUUCGUUGGUCACAAACCUGGAAGAAACAAUACACAACGGCACAAACUGGAUAUCCAGCUCAUCAUAAUAAUGAACCGAACGUUGUAUAUCGCUGCCAGGGAUCACAUAUACGCACUGGAUACAGACACCGCCAACUCCGAGGAGAUCUUUUUCAGCAAGAAACUGACAUGGAAGUCCAGACAGGCAGAUGUGGACACCUGCCGAAUGAAGGGGAAGCACAAGGAUGAAUGUCACAAUUUCAUCAAGGUCCUCCUGCAGCAAAACGAUGACACCUUGUUUGUAUGCGGAACAAAUGCUUUCAACCCCUCCUGUCGAACUUACAAGAUGGACACCAUGGAACAUCUAGGGGAGGAGAUCAGUGGGAUGGCACGGUGCCCAUACGAUGCCAAACACUCUAACAUCGCCCUGUUUGCGGAUGGAAAGCUCUACUCCGCAACAGUAACAGAUUUCCUAGCGAUUGAUGCAGUCAUUUAUCGUAGCCUUGGAGAUAGCCCAACUUUGCGCACUGUCAAACAUGACUCCAAGUGUCUCAAAGAGCCUUAUUUUGUACAGGCAGUUAACUACGGUGACUUCAUCUACUUCUUCUAUCGAGAAAUUGCCAUGGAGUACAACACAAUGGGAAAGGUGGUGUUCCCCCGUGUGGCCAGGGUGUGUAAGAACGACCGGGGCGGCUCCCAGAGAGUUCUAGAGAAACAGUGGACGUCCUUCCUAAAGACCCGUCUCAACUGCUCCAUCCCAGGAGACUCCCACUUCUACUUCAACAUUCUGCAGGCCGUCACCGACGUCAUCCACAUCAACGGACGCGAUGUUGUCAUGGCAACCUUCUCCACACCUUACAACAGCAUUCCUGGGUCGGCCGUCUGCGCCUAUGACAUGGCUGAGGUGGCCAAUGCGUUCAUGGGACGUUUCAAAGAGCAGAAGUCCCCUGAUUCCACCUGGACACCUGUUCCUGAGGAUAAAGUUCCAAAACCAAGGCCCGGGUGCUGUGCUGGCGCUUCGUCCUUAGAGAAGUACAAGGUGUCCAACGAGUUCCCUGACGACACCCUGAACUUCAUCAAGCAGCACCCUCUCAUGGAUGAAGCUGUCCCCUCUAUCGCUAACAGGCCCUGGUUUCUCAAGACCAUGGUGCGAUACCGGCUCACCCGGAUCUCCGUGGACAACGCUGCGGGACCCUAUCGGAAUCACACCGUCGUUUUCCUGGGCUCGGAGAAGGGGAUCAUUCUGAAAUUCCUGGCCAAGAUGAACAGCGGUUUGCUGAAUGACAGUCUCUUUCUGGAGGAGCUCAACGUGUAUAACCCGGAGAAGUGCAGCAUCGAUGGUGUGGACGACAAACGUAUCGUCAGCAUGCAGAUCGACAACCAGGGCCACUCUCUGUUUGUGGCCUUCACCUCCUGUGUGGUCAAGGUGCCUCUCUCUCGCUGUGAGAGGCAUGGCAAAUGCAAGAAAUCAUGUAUUGCCUCCAGGGAUCCCUACUGCGGCUGGGUGUCCGAAGGAGCAUGCAGACAGGUGGUGCUCGACCCAAAAUCGGCCUUCGAGCAGGACGUGGAGCAUGGCAACACAGAUGGACUGGGAGACUGCCAAAAUACGUUUGUGGCCCUCAACGAUGUUCUGUCCAGUCCUCAAGGUCAUGAAAGGGCUCGCCAGGGUCAUGAAAGGGCUCGCCAUGGCCAUCCCACCCUCCCAUUCCCCACUACGGCCCAUCCUCCUGCAGGAGGACCACUGGGUCGGGGCGGCAUGGUGGAGCAGGCGGACACCCCCAUGCCCUCAGAUAACAGGGACCCCUAUAUGGCAGUGCCCUCUCAGACCCAGCAGGAUGCCAAUGGAGUUAUCCGCGAGAGUUACCAGAAGGGGCGUGACCAGCUGGUCCCUGUCACACUGCUGGCCAUCGCUGUCAUCCUGGCCUUCGCCAUGGGUGCCAUCUUCUCUGGUAUCCUCGUCUACUGUGUGUGUGACCACCGGCGACGAGACAUUGAGCUGUCUGGGCGUAAGGACAAAGACCACGACAGGAGGGGCUCCAUGAACAGCGUGACCAAGUUGACAGGCCUGUUUGAGACCGGGGCCAAGGACAGUCGCCCAGAGGCCAUCCUCACCCCGCUCAUGCACAACGGCCGCCUCACCAAUGGUAAGAUUCUGAUCAAAGCCGACCAGCACCACCUGGACCUGGCUGGCAUGCCCACCCCAGAGUCCACCCCCAUGCAGCCCCGACGCAAGCCCAGCCGGGGAAGCCGCGAGUGGGAGAGGAACCAGAAUCUGAUCAAUGCCUGCACCAAGGACCUGCAAACCAUGGGCUCCCCAGUCAUCCCCACUGACCUGCCCCUGAGGGCCUCCCCAGGCCACAUCCCCAGUGUGGUAGUGCUUCCCCUGCCACAGCUCCAGCAUCAGCAGGCCUACCAGCAUGAGUAUGUAGAGCAGCCCCACCGCAGCGACCUCAGCCAGAUGAGCCUGGGUGACCAGGGUGCCACACUGGAGUACAAGGCCCUAAAGAGCCCCUGCCACAGCCUCAACCUGGUGGAGAGCGACGGACUGCCGCCCCGAGUGCCCCAAAGGGAGGCCUCCCUCACCAUCCCCCCUGCCGUGCCCCAGAUGGGCAAGCGGCUCGAGGUGCACUCCUCCGUCUAUGGCCAUGAGUACAAGCGGGGCUACCCGAUGAGUGCCCAGAAAGGCUCUGCCCUCAAAAAGCACAACACCAACUCGUCCAACUCCUCUCACCUGUCCAGACACCAAAGUUUUAACCACGUGGAGUCGCCGCCCCCCGCCCCACAGAGGGUGGACUCCAUGCUCAUGAAUUCCCAGGGGAUGUCCCACUCCCGACAGCCCAGCAUGAGCUCUUACGGUUCAUUGCCCCGGACCGGGGUCAAACACCUCAAGCCUGACGUACCGCCCAAACCCUGUUUAGUGUCCCUCUCAACGAAAGUCAAUUCCAAUGACUCCUGCACAUAAUCAGCACGCUUAGAAUACAGAACAGGAAACACAAUUGCAUCUCCUUUUGUCCUUGGUCUGUGUACAGCAAACACAACACACUUUUUUAAAGAUUUUUUUUCUUCUUUUAUAUAUAUGUAAAUAUUCUACAAAUGGUUAAUGUUAAGCUCAGGCUGUUGACUCCCAGUUCCUCAGAAACACGUGAACACUUGCUACUGAGAAGAAAAUGACUUUCAUGAAUAUUUAAUUGACAAGCAACAGUCACCCCUGUAGCAUUCAAGACGGUGGCUGUGUUGGACUUUUGAACACUAUGACUUGACUGAUGUUUUGUUUUCUUAACUGACUGCUAAACGCACAUAGACAGUGAGAGAAAAGUGGAGCAAUUAUAUAGUGGAGACUGGGGUGUUCUCCCAGCAAGCACUUGGGCACAGCGAGCUCCGACUGGAAUGACAGCUUCAGUUUACGUGGAAAACUGUGAAAUGCCUCUCAGUGUUACAGCUACUGGACACAGCAAUCAAGUUCUGCGUUGGUUGAAAAAAGCCUUGGUCUGAGAAUCUUCUACUGCAUUGGUUACUGAAUAACACAUGACUGUUAAUAGUAAUAGCUUGUUGUAUUUAUUUUUAAUAAGUGCUUUUGAAGAAAAUACUGACAUUUUAGGCUCAGAGAGAAGAGUUAUUUAAAUAUGAAUUAAUCAACAAUGAAAUUAUUUAAAGUCAAUCAACUGGAGCCAGUACAACUUUCUUGACACAAAAGGUCCACUAAGUCUUCAAGCGCCUUGGGUUUUUGAAGCUUGGGAUAUAUGUGACCUCUGUAUGGAGGAUAUAUUUAUUUAACUGUGCCAGAUGGGACCUACAUGAUGGAGCAGAACCUCCCAUGUUAAAGAAGUCAGAAAAAUACAAACAAAUAGAACUCCUGAAACUCACUCCCUCGAUCACUCCUCCAUGGGCAUCUACAUACGUUUGGCACUGUGGUUUUGCAGUCAGUCUCUCUCUCCCGGUUGGCUUCUGGCUCACUGUGUAUUAACAAGGUUCACUCUUGCAUAUAAAAGUGCAAAGGGAAAAAAACGUGGAAUUCCCCACAUGAAAAAGAGAAGCGUGAGGAUGUUGGGCGCUCUGCCAGGUGUGGAGAGCGGCCAUUUUGGCAGGUACUGAAAUGUCUUGUUUUCUCUAGGCGCAUCAUGCAGUCCUCUGAUUGAAUUACAUCUGUUGAUAGCCUGUUUCUCUUCCACAUGUAAAGUUGUGCCUUACACCCUGAGUAGUGACAUUUUCUUUAGCUGGUAACUAUGUCUCCUCUUUGUAUUUUCUUAUGUCAUCUUUCACUGGUUUGAUAAAGGCAAAUAAAGAAUGUGUUCUUGUUGUAAUUCUGUUCCCUAGAAAUAUACAGACCUAUUCUUCUUUGUGGUUCAUUUCUGAUAGUGCCAAUGAUGUGCUUAAAGCAACCCUUUUUGUUGUGCUGGCAAUGUCGAUGAAGUUGUUGUGUGUUGAAUUUUUUACUUUGCUGUUUGAUUGGAGGGAUUCAUGUUUGUUCUUGAAAUGGCCUCUUAGGGUCUUGCUGGUGCACAGCAAUAAUCAAACACUAACAUAUGAAAAACACACCAGUAGACUGUACAGACAUGGCACCAGGUUCCUAGUGGACAUGAUAACACUUCAGUUUCUAGGCAGUGAAAAGCAGGCUGGUUCCUGUGAUAGAAAAGAGUUAAAAAAAAUAUUAGGAGAUGUUUUUUAAAAACACAUGUUCCAGGGCGAUUAGAGUAAUUUAAUUUGAACUAACUCUCUUUAUCAAGGUCUUAUGAAUGAGAGUUUCAUUGACCAAUCUGAUCACAUUUUUAUUGAUCACAUCUCCCCAAAUCAACAGAGCACUCCUUUAGUAUUGUGUGUAGAUAGGUGAGUUUCUUGAUCUCAAGCAGAUUUCCAUUUACAAUGGAGGAAAGCCAACUAUUUCUCAUCCACAGCCAAUGCAAGAAGAACGAGUAGGAUAUUUCCACUUCUGAGGCAUAUACAGUAUGUGUUAAUUGAACUAACGUGUACAUAGAUGCUUAUAGGGUUCGAUUGCAGCGACUGCGACAUGCAUCAUGAUCAGAUUAGGUUUAGUAAAGGAAAGGUCAUUUGAACUUUCCACCCCGAUAGUGCAGAUUGCAUCUCUAGCCACGGUCUACAUGGCUACUGUGGAAAGUGUGUCUCUUUGGUGUGUGUGCCUUUGUCUUUCACCCUUGCUAUACACUGCUAGAUGCAACUGAGACAGACUCAACUCGUUUUGAACUCUGUAAGCUUGUAAGAUAUUGUGAUGUCACAAGGUUUUUUGCCCUACUCCACUUAACAUCUGAUUCACAGCUUAAUGUAUGUUGUAAAAAACAUUCUCUUUAAUAAAUGCAAAAUGUAAUAAAAAAAAAUAUAUUGUCAUGAA